CUUGACCCUUGUACUUGCUUUGAAUCUCAAAAUUCAUCAAACAAUCACACACCUGAAUUUUUACUAACUUUUUCUCUUAGCCUCAAACAAUCCUUAAGUACAUUUUUCUGUCUCUCUUUUGUCUCUUCUCACUCACUCUAUGACCAUAGCUUCAUGAUUACUCACAUGUGUAUAUAGAGAGAGUGAGAGGUGUGUGAAUCAAACACCAAAUUCAGCUCAGUAACAUGCUUUUAUGGUUUAGUGGUGGAUUUGAGGUGCACUUGAGAAGCAAGCAAAGAAUGUCCAUUUGGGGAAUUCAACAGCUCCUGAAAUAACAAAGCAAAGUACACAGAUCUAUGAGAAACAAUUCUCUUUUCCCUCUCCAGCCUUGAGAGCUUGACACAGUCUAGUCUCCAACAAUGUUCAAAGCAACAAACUCAGGCUCAGAUCGAAGAGGAAGCUGAGGCUCUGAGACCUACUCAUCAGUGUUUUGCUUUUGAAAGCUUUCUGCAAACUGAGAAAAAGCUUUAACAAGAGGCUCCUCCUGACUUGGACUGUGAUAUAUCACUGCUUUAAAAAAAAUAAAAUUAGACCUUUCAAUCACUACACAGAGCCAAGUUACUGAGUUAUCAUCAUCAAUGCAUAGCACAUAGCAGCCCCACUUUUUACACUCUCUCAUCACUCACUCACUUCCUUCUUUCUUCUCUCUCUAUAUACUUUAUGUGAGGAUAAGAGAGGGAGAAGGCAAAGAUUUGAGUUGAAAAAAGGCAUGAUAAUUGUGAUAUGGAGGAGGAUGAGAUUCAAGAACAGGUUUCUAAGUUCCCAAGAAUUGAAAAUGGCACCACUUUCCAAAGUAGCAGCUGGCACAACAACUCUUCAAGAAUAGUGAGGGUGUCUAGAGCCUCUGGUGGCAAAGACAGGCACAGCAAGGUGAUGACUUCUAAGGGGUUAAGGGAUAGAAGAGUUAGGCUCUCAGUGUCCACAGCUAUUCAGUUCUAUGACCUUCAAGAUCGCUUGGGUGUUGACCAGCCAAGCAAAGCUGUGGACUGGUUAAUCAAAGCUGCUGAAGAUGCUAUCUCAGAGCUCCCUUCUCUCAACAACCUUUUCCCUGAAACCCCACAGCAACAAAGUGAUCAUGAGAAUCAGAACCUGAACCAGAAUCUUAACUCCUUGUCCAAAUCUGCUUGCAGCAGCAAUUCUGAGACAAGCAAAGGCUCUGGUGGCUUGUCCCUCUCGCGGUGUGAGAAUCGCGUCAAGGCGAGGGAGAGGGCAAGGGAAAGAGCAGCAAAGGAGAAAGAGAAUGAGUCAAGCAUUGCACACAAUGUAAACAACAACCACCACCACAUGUCUCAAACUGCUUCUUUCACUGAGCUACUCACUGGUGGAAUUGGAAGCACAGUGACAGUUCCCACCACCACAGCUAGUCCCACUGGGUCAGUUCAUCAAACACAUGGUGGCCAUCAUCAAUGGUCUUCAACUGUAACUCCAAUGGACUACUUCAGCUCUGGCCUUCUGAUGGGACAUUCAUCUUCAAGAACUCAUCAAUCUUCUUCCUCUUCUUCUUCAUCUCCUGGAUUCUCAGGGCAAAUCCAAUUAGGACAUUCACUUCCGGUUUCACCGUUCAGCGGCGAAAACCACUCAGAUCAGAUGCAGCGUUUCUCCUUCAUGCCUGAACAUCUGAUGGUUACUUCAUCUUCUUGUUCUACUCAGCCUAGCGGGAUCAGUGACUACAAUCUCAACUUCACCAUAUCUCCUGGCCUUGCUGCUGGUUACAAUAGGGGGACCCUUCAGUCCAAUUCACCGUCUCUUUUGCCUCAUCAUCACCAUCUGCAGAGGUUUUCUUCUUCACAAGUAGACGGUUCAUCAUCCAAUAACAAUCUACCUUUCUUCAUGGGAGGAGCUGCUGCUGCUCCUUCAACCAUGGAAAACCAUCACCACCUUCAAUUCUCACCUCUCUUCGAUGGCCGCUUGCAACUUUGCUACGGCGACGGAAGCAGAAACUCAGACCAGAAGGGGAAAGGCAAGAACUGAUGUUCCUGGAUGAUCACAUUUCUCUUCUUCCUAUCUUCUUCCUGGAAUUGUCUUCUGCCUCUAUAAUGUUGGAGCAGCAAGCUGUGUCCCAAGCUUGCCUUCUGCAAAAUGGAGGGUAUGUUGUUGUCAAUCAUCAAGUGUAAUAUCUUGGAUCAUUUUGAGGCAGCAUUAAAUUUCUUUGAGUAUUUGGAUAUUUUUUUCUUAUGCAUGGAGAUUGAUUACUGUAUUUUGGAGAAAUGUAGAGAAUCUUGAAUGAAUUUAUUCUUUUGAUUUCUACCAUUAUUUUGAAGUA